UGUACGUCUCUCAGUGUUGAGAGAGUGCAAAAACCGCUCAGUCCAGCAUGGACAGGAGGUCCGGCCCCGGCCUCCAGCCACGAGGAGCGGGGGCCGGGGCGGGGGCGGGGGCGGGGGCAGCUGGCGACGGCGGCGCUGGCAGCGGCGGCUCGACCUCCAUGUCCUCUUCUUCGGUGUCGGAGCCCGGAGGCAAGUCAACCAUCCGCGGUGCGUUCGGCGGGGCGGUCUCUCUUUGCGGCGGCGGUCUCCGCGCCAGCUGAUCUGCCAGAUAGCCAAACAGGUCGGCGCACGCGCCAGGCAUGGUGGGGGGCCGGCGCUUCGCGUGCGGCGGCCCGAAGCUGGCGAGCAGCUUAGCGACCUGCCCGACGCGGGUGUCGGCAGGCAGCACCUACAGCCGGAGGGCGAAGGAGCUGAGCGCAGUAUUCCCCGCACCCUCGUCACACUCCCCCCUCGCCCUGCUCUGCACCUCCUUCAGCGCGGUGAGGGCGCGCGCCAAGCUCGCGUCGCCGAACGUCAGGUAGCGCAGGGACGGCCGGCGAGCGCGCGACGCGGCAAGCCACUGCACGACCGCCUUGAGCUGGACGCAGCCGCCAAAGGCGCCGCACCCCCAGUUGCCCGUGCAGAGGGGGCGGAGGGGCGCGUCGGGCGUCUCGCCGUC